CACGAUCAUCAAAUCCUUUUUAUUACCUUUGCACCAAGGAGUAAAUCGUACAUAAUAAGCGCAGGCGCUUGAGAAAAAGAAACAACAAUAGGAGAGACUACCUCCUUUUAUACCAUGGCUCACACAGAUACGGAAAAUGGCCCCCCUCUAAAUGACACGCCGGCUCCACAACCUAGUAGAGCGAGCACCUUCAUUGACGCAAGCAUUGCAGACAUGCGUACCAGCAACCCUCGAUUAAGCUCAUUCCUACCACCGGCAAAACACGAUUCACCACUGCGCUAUUAUCCUCCACCUACCAUAUGGACCCGUUUCGCUGAACAAUAUCGGUAUGGUCGGUGGAUCCUCUUAGGAUUGGGAAUGCUCGGCGUCUUUACCGUCAUGUUCAUUGUGCUGGGCACACUCGGCAUUCUAAAGAACCGAACUUACCGCGCAAAGCUUGGGUUUGGUUCCGUCGGUAAAACAAAGUAUGAAGGUGACAGUUGGGGUUCAGCAACACCUAAUUUUGAUAUGGGUGGGAAAGGUGAUGGAACAUAUUACGAUCCUGGGGUUGGGUUAACUGCAUGUGGCGGAUUAUUUACAGCUCAGGAAAUGGUGGUAGCUCUAAAUAAGAUCGAUUAUGGUCAGUAUGUUAACCCCAACGACAGUCCUGUGUGUGGACAAUGCAUUAUUGUCACGGGCCCUUUGGGUAGCGCCAAAGCAACCAUUCAGGAUCAGUGUCCGGGUUGUGGACGAGGAUCUCUCGAUUUAUCUCCAGCCGUAUUUGGUGAAGUGGGUGACUUUACAGAAGGCCGCAUUCCUGUCUCCUGGAAAGCUUGCUAAACCAUACUGCAAGCAAUUUAUUUAUCUUUACCAUAUAUUUAUCUCCUUAUGUUCAGUAAGAGUAUAAUAAUAAUGAUUAUCCUAUUUAUAAAAGUGUCUGCAUCUAUACAUCUCCCUAC